CAAAGUCUUAACCAAUCACCUGCUUCCGGGACCUUUAAAAGCUUUUAAAGCAGCUUCAAGACUUGUUCUAAUUAGAAUGCUUGCUGUACUUGAUAGGAAACCCCUGCCGUAGGGCACUGACACGUUAAGACCUGCUAAGCGGCGUUUCUUAUCAACGAGGCCCAAUUCGCACGUCAUGCACCCUUCUACGGUAUUGUUUUUUUUAACGGUCUUGGUUCCUGCCAACUGCUUCUUUAGUUGGUUCGCGACCAAGCCUGUGCCUGUACCUACCUCGAAAGCCGACGCGAAGGACUUCACCAAGGACGGGACGGUCGCCGUUGUUCCUUUUGAAAUGAAAACGGCUGAUGACGAAUUCCUUCAGGAAGGAAAAAAGUAUGGUCUUCAACUGUCGACAUUGGACGUAUGCCAUCACAAGGUGCUGCUUGGUUUGACGUCAUCAUGCUCAAAGCUCAACGAGGAGGAUCUUGGAAAGCUGAGUGUAAGGCUGCUGAACUGUCAGUCAGCUGUUGAAGGGCGGCCUACAUUUCCUUGUACGGAUGAAAUGCCUUUACGGCAAUGCACACAAGGCAUGGAUCAGCACACGUGGAACACUUACCACCUGAUCAGCAACCGUGCCAGGGCAGUCUGCUACAGCACCCGGCAACAGCAGUUUUACGCCAAGACUGAAAUGACUGUCAACAAGUUGGUUUGGACCACUGACCAACAGGUGAAAGCAAUGGGUCAGCUGGAGCAGGAGCAGCAGAAAGUGAGCGCAUUGACGAGUCAGACGCUGGAGACCAUGUCCUCGGGCCAGAAAGCGCUGAUGCAGCAACAGGAGAAGCUGAAAAGCUCGCAGCAGAGCGUGCAGAACUUUGUGACAGAAAACCUGAAGGAGCUGAUGCUCGAGAAAGCUCUCAUCGCUGCCGGCCAGAGGGAGCUCGCUCAGAUGACCAACACCAUUCGCAAGAAGCUCGAUGCUGCUAGCACUAUGAUGCUCUCCAACGAACAGCAGCGGCAAGUGAACCACCAAGAACUGCUCAAAGAUUUAUCAGCUGUCCAGAAUUAUGCCAAGUUCUUACAAGAAAGACUAGAACAAACAUCUCAAGUGGUCCUUAGUCACCAAGAAACUGCUGCCGUGCGUUUUGAGGAAACUCUGAGCAAUCUUGGCAAGAUAAACGCCAGCAUUGGUUACGUCCAGGAAGUGAUUGACACAAUGCGAAAAGAUGUCGACAGCAAGUUUGGUUGGUUGGUGCGGCUCCUACACAGCACAGGCGACCAGCUGAGUGCCAUCUACUGCUGCGUCCUGCAUUGUUGCUACCUCCUGGUGGCCAUGUUCCUCGCUGCGUUCCUACAGUUCCCGAUGCCGUCACGAGUGUUCCUACUCUUCAUUGUGCCCGUCAACGCCGUCGCCAGCAUUCGGGAAACUUGUGGCCUUGACUUUGGGCCUCUCACUGUCUUGCUGGCCAUCUUUCUUGCAGGGGACGUGGCAUGCCAUGCUAUUCGAGGGUUCUGUCGGCGCCGCUCCUCUCGGCGUCUUGCUCUUGAUGCAAGGCCUUGCGAGAAUUUGUCCAGGACUGCAAAUAGCUUUACCAUGUCCAGAAGUGAGGCAAUGUACACCGAGGACAGUACAAGGCAUGAAGACGGGCGCCAUGUGUCGGGUGCAGCGACACCACUGAACAAUGGUGUGAAGAGAAGUUCCUCGAGACAUUGCCGCCGAGUGUCUGCUACAGCGUCGCGAAGCAGCACACCACUGCUCGAAGAACGGCAGACGACGCCUCCUGUCAGCGAUGUUGAGGAAGACAGCAGCAGUGCCAAUGUGUCGCGCUGGCUGCUGGAAAAUGCCGAGGCUGGUACAAUGCCAGACGUAGUUCCAGCCACUUCAACUCCCGUGGCCAGUCCAGUAGACCACUUGUUGCAGACAUCCAGGAAGGAGAAUGGACACUUGGCAAAGCAACAUCUGUUCUCCAGCUUUGAUAGAAGGUCUCGUGGCAGCUUUCGUGAUUCACCAGACAGAAGCUUUGCUUCGAAUACAUCAAUGUUAUCCAAUGGGUCUCGUCGCCGUUGCAGUGGUUUCAACAAAUCUGGUGUGCCCUGUAAAGGGACUUGCCUCAAGGGACAAGAUUACUGUCACCACCAUUGCUAGUCACAUGUAUCGUCUACAUUUACCAUAUGAGCAUUUGUCAUGUUAAUUAGGUUUCCUGUGGAGUAGCAUGUCACUUUUUAUUCCCGUAGGGCUGACUGUGCAGUUGGCCCUGAAAUCGUUGAAUGCAUAUACGUAGUAGCACUGUUUGGCUUUUCAUUUACGUCGUCGCUUGGUCACAGAUUAUGCUUUUACUUUAAAAAUGGCCGUUGUUCUUUAUUAUUGCACAUGUACAGAAAUGCUGUCGAACAAUUUUUAAGCGACUGUGUUGUAUCCAUGCAUCUAUGCAAAUUCAUCCGUGCAGGCACAUUUUUGGGGCCAUUGAACAAACUUGUGAAUACUGUUCAGCUAUUGCAAAUGAAUCUUUGCCAUGUCAAAGUGGGCAGUGUUUUUGGUCCUGACAAGUCAUUCUUUUGCCCAAUUUUAUGUCCUUGAUACAAAGUGCUCUUGUCCUGCUGCUUUUAAAAAGAAAUAUUACUUUGUUUAGACAUUUCUUUGUGUUUGACCACAGGUUUUGUAAAUCAAGGCACAUUCAUUGUUCUUAUUCUUGUACAGUGUCUUUUAUGCUGACAUUCUUUCUUUCACAUUCCGUCUAAGUGAUUUCCAGUUGCCUUGAGUGAUGCUGGUCUUGCUUGGGUACUGUUGUUCUACGUGAUGCAAGUAAGAGCUAGGGGCAGACAUGUACAAAUACAGUGUUUACAUAUCUGUAAUGCAUGAUCCUUUCAUGAAAUCACCAGCUUGAGAACAGAAAUGGCAUCACUUUCGGAAUUAAGCUCGGAAUAUAAUGCAAGAAUCUUUAGGUGACGCUUCCUUUGAAAGCACCUCUUAUGCUUAUGAUUGGAUUACACAUUCUAGUUUGCGUUGCAACCGUGACAUUCUCUGACAUGUGGAGGCCCCCCUCGCAUUGUACGGUAUUCGUGCUUAGAGUGCAGUAAUGUCAAGAACAUGUACCAUUUUUCACCUGGUCAAUUUAGCACUUGCUGGUUAUGUAGUCUUUUUGUAAUGUUGUCACUUGUGAUCAUUUCUUUACGAGACUUUAUUUUUAGUUGAUAAUAAAUUGUUAUUGCCAUUUACCAGCGCUAUUGUCUUCCAGUCCAACUGACUGUUUUUGUUCAGUUGAUUGAAUGGAAUAGUGGGUUACCUUAGCCUGUGUGGCAUUGAAGGAAGAAGCACAUUCGGGAAAGGGGGUGUCAUUCAUGAGUCCCCUUAGUUUGCACUCAAUUU